AUGCGAUUGCUUAACACGAAGACGCACCUCAUCGAGAAGUUCGACGACCCCAGCGAUGCUCCACGCUCAGGCUACGCCAUAUUAUCCCAUACGUGGAUUCUCAAACCAGAUAAGGAACUUGAGCUCGAUGAAAUACGCAGCGCCCCAACUGAUGCUGCCAAAGCCAGUCUGGUUAAGGGGCAUCCCAAAACCCGCGAGACGUGCAAACUCGCGCAAGCGCAGACACCGGUGCUUUCGCACGUAUGGAUAGACACCAUCUGCAUCGAUCAGAACAGCAGUUCCGACAAAAGUGAGGCCAUUAACGCUAUGUACCGCUACUAUCAGGACGCAAAGAUGUGCUUCACGCACCUUUUUGACGUAGACGGCCGCGGCAUGGCACUGACCGAUCCCGAUCCCAGAAAGCCUGAUACGGAUGACAUGAAGGCUGUGCGAAAAGAAUUCAGCGAAGCGAGAUGGUUCAAGAGAGGCUGGACACUCCAAGAAUUGCUCGCACCACCUCAGCUCUUCUUCUACGACAAGAACUGGAAACUCUUGGGAUCUCGAAGUAGCCUAUGCAAUACUAUCGCCGGCAUAACUCGCAUCGAGUUGAGAGUACUGCAAGAUGCUCAACUGAUGUGGGAUUGUAGCAUUGCUCAGCGCAUGUCUUGGGCAGCUGGACGGAAGACGAGGAGACCGGAGGAUAAAGCGUACUCGUUAAUGGGCAUAUUUGGCGUGAAUAUGCCAAUGAUAUAUGGAGAAGGAGACCGUGCUUUCAUUCGCUUGCAAGAAGAGAUCAUCAAGGUCUCGGAUGACCACUCACUCUUUGCGUGGUCGAUGUCGGGAGACCCAAAUAACUCUGCGCUGUUGGCUCGCUCUCCAGACCCGUUUGAAGGCUGCACAAACAUCACACGCCAACUACUUCACACGGGCAAUUAUCCAUACUCGGUGACCAACAGAGGUAUCUCGAUGCAGCUGAGUUUGGCUCCCUUCAUCCCAGACGUCUUCAUAGCUCCCAUCAAUUGCAUACGGCAACCCAAGCAACCGCCAUCGGGCGGACAGCGGUCAAAACCGCUUCAACUGGGGCUGUUUCUGAAAAGGGACGUGGAAGAUGACAAGUAUAUCAGAGUUGCUGUCGACGGGAAUGACUUUUACGAAUUUCCGCCAGGCGAGAGCUUACGGCCAAGGCGACUCUAUGGAGGAAUCGGCUUUUACAAUGCAGAUACGUCAGUGGACAGUCGAGGAGCGGUUUCCUUACAUGUCCAACGGAUCCCCAACCAACCCAAUGUUGCUUCACCAGGAGCCGUCUUGAUCAACGGCUUCAAGAUUGGCCCAAACCUAUGGAAAGGUUGUCAAGAUCGCCCGUGGAAAUCAGUCCCUGAUUCCCAGUGGGACGCUACCACGCAGAUCCUAUCGUUCGCGCCGAGACAUCUGCCGAGUCUAGAAGCAACCCUCAAAGUUUCGAUUUUAAAGCAUGGAUUUGCUCGUUAUCCCCGCCGGAUCAUGGUCUACUUCGAUGAGAGUUACAAUCUGAUCUGUGAUCUCAACACAGAAACUCUAACGUACUUUGACGCCUACAAGAAAAAGAAGGUCCAAAGUAAAGCCUUCAGUUCGGCGCGAGAGCCUCUUGAUCUUGCCGGUGGGCGAACUCUGCAUACCUACGGUGACUUUAUGCGUCCAGAAGUUGACAGAUUUGAUGGCCUAGAUGCUUAUUUCCCGGCGUAUAUCGCCCGUAAGGAGAAAGGGUAUCUUCACGUUAUGUUGCAGCGUGAGCUUGUAUCAGGAAGUGUUCAAGCUCAAGUGUGGGCAAUCGAGGUUGAAGCUGUGCAGACCUUUGAAGACAAUCCGUGGGCUGAGACAGGGUUUGAUUUUUUGUUAUUGUAA